AUGGAUUGUAACCAACUACUUCUACAGGCCAAAACCUUUCUAAACCGCUCUCAAACCUCGCUACAUCAUGACAAGAAUUUCUCGAAAACUGAAAGGAUCAUCAAGAAUCUGUGUGGUCGUCUCGAAAAUAUGAUUGGGAAAAGUGACAGUAAGUAUGGAUCUUUGUUGCUAUUCCGGUGGUAUCAAACCCAGGAGACCCAGAAUUCGCUUUUUUCGUUUUAGAACCACCUAUACGCAAUGAAUUCAAAGCUCUAGGUAUAGCCAUUAUGCAGGCCAAGGCGUAGCUGACCAAAAAUUCUGAAAGUGGAGAGAGGGUGGGCUGUAGCGACGCCCUUAUAGAGGCUUCUAAUUAACUAAAUGAUCUGUACAGCAACACUCUAUACAACAAACCCUGUCUACAACGAACAAUCUAAGAACUUUCAAGGCCUAAUUCUGGGCGUAGCUCCCUAAAAGAGACCCUCGCUAUAGCAAAUAUUGUAAAUGUUUUGGUUCUUUACGACCCGCUGUACAAAGCUUUGACCACAGUAAUAACCUGAAUAUUUUCGGUUGUUAUAUAAGCAAUUUUGUACAAAAGAUUUCACUCGUCUCGUUCUUUAAGCCGAUCCCUUUCAUCUAGCCGUCGACGACUUGUUUUGCCACGACAGGAAGACUGCGACAAAUGAACGCAAAAUGUCAUCUGCAACCGAGAGAAGUGUGCAUUUUGGUUCGAUGAUCUUGUCAGUCGGCAAUAAUGACACAAAACCUCAACAUUUGCAGUACAAGUGGAGAGAAACUGUCGUUUUCGUAAGUCCAAGCAACGAGUUUUUGGCGAUUCAGGCCCUGUAUUUCUAACACGACAUAUUUAGUUUCUUCUAAAAGCAAUUCCACACCUCCUUCUCUUCAUAGCAUGCUUACUCUACAUCAUCGCGUCCUAUUAUCUGCUUUGCUCGAUCGACAACACAUUUUCCAUGCUAUCUCCGUUUGAAGUGUAUCCGCUACUGGUCAACAGCUAUCUUCGACCGGGAAUCCUGACAGCAAGACCGAGAGAGCAGAGCGCACGCGCUGCAUUCAGCGUGAUGAUAGUUUUUGGGAUCGCAUUUUUGUCAGCGUUGACGGGAAACAUUGGCAGAGUGACGACGGAAGCUUACUGUUUUCUAAAGCCGAAAGUCGUGAAAUUAGUUUAUGACACGGUAAGGUACAAUGUUGUGAACAAAGACAAGUAUUCGCUUGUUUUUGUCGUAGCGCUAUAGAGGCGCUACGACUUUUCGGGUCAGCGACAGUUUGGGUCAACGAUAUGUCGGUCCGUAGUUAUAUGCAUGGGGAGGCUAGAGGAAGGCUUAGUUAGCAUAAAUAAUAAGAUUUCCUAGGGCUCCUCAUCACCUAUUUUAAGACAUUUAUCACAUCACUAAGAUAAAAGUUAUGGAUCUUCGUUUUUUGCCACAAAUUUUGGUCUUUUAUAUGUUACAAUUAUUCAGGAUACACAAACUAACGUUAAUAAUAGCUAAAAUUAGAGAAAGCGGUGAUCCUGUGAGCCUCCACCGAGUCUCCGCCGAGCAUUCAGCGGCUUUCAAAGGCCUCUUAGGCACCUCAUACCACCUUUUCUGGCUUUCCUCAUAUCCUAGGCCUCGUAUCGAUCGAUUUUGUGACCCGAAUUGUCGUCGACCCAAAAAGUCCGGACGCUUUUUUCAGGUCAUCCCUUGUCCACAACGAAUUGACUUUGUUGUUCUAUUGUAUGCUCUGACGUUGUUUAAUAUUCUGGCAAUCAUAAUCUACAAUUUCAUAUAUCAUUCGUUGGAUGUAGUCGACGUAUUUUACUUUUUGUAA